AUGGUGAUGGGCAGCAGGAGGUUGGCCGGAGCGGCGCUGCAGGUGGCGCUGACGGCGCUGCUGCCGCUCGUGCUCCCGGCGUACUACGUGUACAAGGUGACCACGUACCUCCUCGGCGCCGUCUUCCCCGAGGACGUCGCCGGCAAGGUCGUCCUCAUCACCGGCGCCUCCUCCGGCAUCGGCGAGCACCUGGCAUAUGAGUACGCCAAGAGGGGAGCCUACCUGGCGCUGGUGGCGAGGAGGGAGGCGAGCCUCCGCGAGGUCGGCGACGUCGCGCUGGGUCUCGGCUCGCCGGGCGUCCUCGUCCUCCUGGCUGAUGUCUCCAAGCCUCAGGACUGCGAGACGUUCAUCGACGACACAAUCCGCUACUUUGGUAGACUGGAUCACCUUGUGAACAACGCGUCCAUCUGGCAGGUGUGCAAGUUCGAAGAGAUCGAGGACGUUAAGCACUUCAGAGCCCUGAUGGACAUCAACUUUUGGGGCCAUGUGUACCCAACUCGGCUCGCCAUCCCUCACCUCAAGAGAAGCCAUGGCCGGAUCGUGGGCGUCACCUCCAACUCGUCCUACAUAUUCGUCGGGAGGAACACUUUCUACAAUGCUAGCAAAGCGGCAGCGCUGAGCUUCUACGACACCCUGAGGAUGGAGCUGGGCGGCGACAUCCGCAUCACCGAGGUGGUGUCCGGCGUGGUGGAGUCUGAGAUCACCAAGGGCAAGAUGCUCACCAAGGAAGGCGAGAUGAAGGUGGACCAAGACGAAAGAGACGCCAUCCUGGGGCCGACGCCGGCGGAGCCCGUCGGCGACUUCGCCAGGACGGUGGUGCGCGACGUGUGCCGGGGCGCCAGGGUCGGCGCGUCCACCACGGACACGCUGGAGAAGUGGCUGCUCGACCUGCCGGGCGUGCGCCGCUUCGCGCUGCCGCCGUCGCUCCGGUCGCCGGAGAUCAAGGACCGUUAA